AUGCCGUCGCUCUGGCUGGUCUUCUGGGUCGGCGGGGAUUCGGGCAGUGACUGGCGGGAAGGCAGAGAGGGAGGAGGAGUUCAGGCUGCAGCGAGCGGUGCUGCAGAGCGGCUCACACCGCAGCUCAUGCUGAAGAUCUCCUUAUCGUGUCCCGCUGGACAGGAGAAAGCAGCUGCCGCAGGAUGCCCACGGCCGGCCGGCCCGGCCCGGGAGCCGGUCUGGGUGGAUGUCUCGGACUCCGAAGGUAAUUUUGAGACCCCUGAAGCAGAAACGCCGACCCGCUCGCCACUAAAGGAGUUCUGCGAGCCGCCGCUGGGAUCGCCGGAGCCUGAGGCCGGGACCCAAGAGCCAAGUGGCCAUGGUGACCUGCUGGUAGGGGAAGCCCGCUGGGACAGCUUGCCUGGGAAGCACCCCAAAGAUGAGGCUCAACCGGAGAUCGGAGCCACUAAAGCCAACUUGGAUACUAAAGGGGAAUCCAACCCCGAAGACUCGUUCCUGACGCAGCCGCCGGCUGAAACCCAGCCCUCAGCUACGCUGGGAAGCGGGGCUGACGCUGGCUGCGCCAACGUGCCCGCUGCAGAGCCGGCCCCGGUGCUCCAUGCGGGCAGAGCCGCCCAGGAGCAGGUCAUGUCGGGAGAGGACACGGCGGACCCCGGCACGGGGCUGGUGGAGCCGAAGGCUGAUGCUAUGGCCUGGGAGUGCUCACCCAGCUGGGGCCAGCUCGGGAAAGGGGAAACACCUUCGCUGGGGAGGAAAACAGAAGAAACCACAGAGGAGACUCCGGUGCCCCAAGCAUCCUACCAGUUCGACCCCGAGCAGUAUGACGAGAGCAUAAACCCCUUUGUGGCAGGGGGCUGCCGGCUGCAGAGCUCCCCCCCAGCAGCCCCGCGCCACUUCCCCCAUCCCAGCAGCAGCCCCGGUGAGCUGGGGGGGGACCCAGCCCCAGAGCCCAAAGAGCAGGUCCCAAAACCCGAGGUUGAUUGUACGGAGGGAGGAGAGAGUGCGGAGGCCAGGAGAGCUGUGCCCAGGAAGGGCAGCAGGAUCCCAGCCAGCAAGCUGACGCCGAAGAGACACCGAGAGCCCCCCAAGAAACCAGUCGAGGAUGUGGAGAGGGGUCCCACGGAGCCGCUGCCUCCCCGGGGCUCCCCCCGGCUGGGUCCCGCGCUCUGGGACAGCCCGGGUCUCAACCCCUUUGGUGGCAGCUCAGCGCUGCAAAACUCGCUGACUCUCCCCAAGGGCUCUUACCAGUUCGACCCCAAUAACUUUGACUCUGUGGAUCCCUUUAAGUCCACCAAGACCCUCGCCAGCACCGCCGCCGACUCCUGCCCUACUGCCGAUAACAGCCUCAACGAAAUCCUCGAGUCUCAGACACUGGAGGUGCAGGACGAUCUCAUGAAAGGCAGAGACUCCCCAAAGAAGCCCAAGUCACGCCUGAUAACGAGCGGCUGCAAGGUGAAGCAAUACGAGACGCAGCCCCUGGUCCUGGACGUUUGCUCUCAGGAUGAAGGAGUGUUGAUCUCAGAAAUCCCAGAUAUUGCAAAUCGGGAUGGACAUGCCACUGAUGAGGAGAAACUGGCCUCCACCACCUCCGUGCAGAAACCAGCCGGGCUGGAGAAGAAGGGCGAACCAGAAGAUGACCUCGAGUACUUUGAGUGCUCGAAUGUUCCCGUGCCAGCAGCAAAGCAUGGCACGGAGGCAGGCUUUGAAAAGGAGAUCUCCAAGCAGAUGGAAAAGGAUGGGCCUGGCAUAUUCCCCGGCAAUCCCGGGCUGUGCUCCAUGGACAAGUCCCCUGCGGCCAUCACCAGCAUGAGCAGGAGCGAAAGUCCCCUGGACGGCAUCUGCCUCAGUGAAUCCGAGAAGACAGCUGUGCUCACACUCAUCAGAGAGGAGAUAAUCACAAAGGAGAUCGAAGCAAAUGAGUGGAAGAAGAAAUAUGAAGAGAGCCGCCAGGAAGUCUUAGAGAUGAGGAAAAUCGUGGCUGAGUAUGAGAAGACCAUUGCCCAGAUGAUAGAGGAUGAGCAGAGGACAAACAUGACGUCUCAGAAGAACCUGCAGCAGCUCACGAUGGAAAAGGACCAGGCUCUGGCAGACCUAAACUCGGUGGAGAGGUCCCUGUCGGAUCUCUUCAGGAGAUACGAAAACCUGAAGGGUGUCCUAGAAGGCUUUAAGAAGAAUGAAGAAGCUCUGAAGAAGUGUGCUCAAGAUUAUUUAACCCGGGUCAAGCAAGAAGAGCAGCGGUAUCAGGCCCUGAAAGUCCAUGCAGAAGAAAAAUUAGACAAAGCCAAUGAGGAGAUUGCCCAGGUGCGCAUGAAGGCCAAAGCGGAGAGCGCGGCGCUGCACGCCGGGCUGCGCAAGGAGCAGAUGAAGGUGGAGUCCCUGGAGAGAGCCCUCCAGCAGAAGAAUCAGGAGAUUGAGGAGCUGACCAAGAUCUGCGACGAGCUGAUAGCAAAGCUGGGAAAGACUGACUGAGUCUUACUGCCCCUCGUCCAGCACUCUGCACUUCUCCGCUUUUCUCGUAACGUCAAGCACCUUGCCUUAUUACCCAGGAAAACCCCCCAGCAGAGAAGCACACGCGUCCAGCUGCCGGCUCUGCUUGGCUGCCGGACCCCGUGGCCCCCCGUGCAGAGCCAGUCCCCACACUGUCCCUGUCUCUGUUUCCCAAGGGCUCUGGGGCUGGGUUCCCCACGGUCAGGCUGGGCGUGCGUGUCCCUCCUGGGGUCAGCAGCAAGCAGCCUCUGCGCUGUCUGUCUGCACGGAUGUGACCUCUCAUCUGGGAGGUGACACCCCAGGCUCUGUCCCCCUCGGCCACGGUGGGUCUAGUCGUGCCCCUACAUGCUCUGUCACUUACUGUCCUCACAUGCUCAGUUGUACAGGUCCAACCGUGUGGCAGGCCCUGCCCCGGGACGUGGGUGAUGCCAGGGUUGGACCCGCCGGCUCUUGCACUGGGGAAGGGGACCUGGUAUGCGGGUGCACAGGUGGGGAGGCAGCGAAGGGGCUUGGGGACCCCAGGCACCCACCACAGGUGGUUUGUGGCCACCAGUGUGGAUCCCCUGGCUGAAGCAGCCUCCCAGUAGAUCGAUCAGUUUUGGGGGAGGCACCGGUAUUCAAGGGGCUGGUCCCAGUCUCUGGUACAUGGGUGAUACACAGCACAGCGCAUCCUCGUCCCUGGCCGUGCCAGCCUCGGAGGAAGGAAGCCGAUGUCUCUGCAUUCGUGCACUUUAUUAGCAUUUAUGAGCACUCAGGCUCUCUGCUCACUUCUUCCUCUCGGGCACAGUCCUGCUGCAUGUCUCGUUCCCCCAGGAGCACGGAUACGGCCACUUAACCAGUAGUAACUUAAGUCCUCUCAAAGGAGAGCCCGGCCAAGGGGAGUGCAGGAGGCUUCUGCACCAAGAGGUGUUUGAGAAAUGGGGGAGAUGUUGGUUCUGGCAAGCUGGGACUUGUCCGUCUUUCCUCCCCAUGGCCGCCCUGCCCGCAGCCCUGGCACCUUCUGAGGCUUGUUAACGUGGGGUUUCUAGUCUGCUUUAAAAUACACAAAGCCAAGCCCCUUGCUGUUGACUCCCCGCGCCAUAGUGAGGUUAGUUCCCCACUUUGGAUGUUGCAGGAGGAAGGAAGCAAACCCUGAACUACUUCAUGAUUCUGCUGACUUAAGGCUCUUUUCCCCAGUCAGUACAGAAAGGCAAGGAGGAGAGCGGUACUGCCCUGGGUCUUGUGCUGCUGUCAAAAAUACCCUUACAGCACUGAAUAUUAAGAGAACCAAACAAAAGCCAGCCUUUACAGGCAAAGGCAGAUCCAGAUAGCAGUAAAAUACACUUUGAAAUCUGUCUGGAUGCAGCCCAAAGUCUGACUUUCCAUGCAGGCAGGCUGCCUGCUCUAUUUCAGAGGUGUUUACUUUUCUGGACAUGCCAAGCUCCAGCAGAAUUGCUGAGAUUGCCUUUGCACUGUGCUGGGAACCGGGGGGGGGGGGGCUCGGGGGUCUUACGUUGUGCGUGUGUAGAUCCUGUGCGUGCCCUCCUGGUAACACCGUUGCACGAGCCAGCCUUGCCCAGUGAGUUUUGCCGCUGUGCAUGCUGUGUAGCGCCGCGUUUCCCCGGCUCUGCACUGCCUGCAGUAACUGGCAGUGCCCGUACCAGUGCCAUGGGCUGGGGUGUGCCGUGGGCCGUGGGCGCUGCCCCUCAGGGUCAGUGCAGAACCGUCCCGUCCUGCAGAAGGCAGAUCGAUGGGAUCAGGCAGUAGCUGUAGUGAUGGAGGAUUCUUUACCAUUGCCUUGAACAGCUAAUCGUAAAGCAUCAAAUAAGGGAAAUAUUUGCUGUUUGGACUGUUUCCUGCCCAGCCUAUCUAAGACUUUCGCAAACCUUUUUGCUGCUACCUUUUUGUAAAAAAAAAAAACAAGCUGUUUUCCUUCUAUUUUCUAAUUCCCUGUGUUGAGCGUGCAGUGCAAACAUCUGUUUAAAUCAGAGCCAUACACCUGAUAUAUAUUUUAUUAGUUAUUAUGUAUAGAGAGAAUUUAUUGUACACUUAAGAGACAAAGAUGCCGGCAGCCUGCCCUAGCAUGCAGAGUUCACCGUGCUCCCGGUUAGACCAGUGAAUGGGCUGGUAGCUGUGCAGUGGGGAAGCCGACGGCUGGUACUGAUCAGAGCUGUGCACCUGUGUCUGUGUGCUGAAUAUUCACCCCCUUGCACAGCUGACAGAAAGGGAAAACCUUUUUUUCCUCUUUUUUUUUCCUUUUUUUCCUUUGUCCUCCCCACACAUCCCUCUAAUGGGCUGGUAGAAAAGCCUCUGUCAGAUGAUCUACAAAGACUAUUUCUGUUGGGGGAGUCAGAAUGCCAGCCCCAGCCCACUGGAGUGUGACUCCCCUUCCCUCCAUUUCAUCAGCGUUUGGGGUUUGCAGACUAUAGCACCGCUCUCCUCUUCUCACGUGUCCCGCUCCAAAACAGCUUUCCUGCCUCGACGUGAGUGGCCCUUUCCUGGCUGCAGUUAGCUGAGCUUUGGCAGGGUGGUGGUGACAGUGGGGAGUGACCCCCAGAAGGUGCUGCUCCUUUGGACCUUCUGAGGGUCUGUACAGGUAAAUUAAAACCCUUGAGACCCAGGGAUUUCUUAGGGAGUUGGGUUUUUCUCUUUGUUCAGAAAUCGAAGGGAGCAGGUCACCAGAGAGCAGUGUUGCACAAGCUCUUGGAGCUCGUAAAAAGUUGAUUUGGGUCUAGUUUCUGGUUUGGCACACAGGUUCACUGUCAUGCUUGUAGCAGUGGUCGAGGUCCCAGCACGAGGCUGAUGGAGCCAAAGCACAGGGGGCAGGUCUUGGCUAGGGACCGCAGGUCGUGGCAGCCCUCAGCCUUGUGCUCUGCACGGGGGCACGCUGCCCAGUGUGCUGGCUUUACAGAGUUAUAAAUGCCCCAGUCCAUCUGUGUGAAUGUUUAUUUCCCGCUCUACCUGAAGGGAUGAAAUUUGGUUUCUGUGUUUGCUGCGGCCAGCCAGGGCCAGGUUUGCUCAUCUGGAGGGUCAGCUCCGAGGAGCAGAGCACCAGGCUCGGGGCGUUGGGCUCACUGGGAGUCUGACCUGAGCAUGUUUGAGUCGGUCUCUCUUCAGGGGCAUUGUUCUGGCCCCAGAGGUGGCAGAUAAUUGCAGAAGUUUUGAUGUCACUACUCGGCACUUCGCCAGAACCCCAGCCUGCGUACAGCGCAGUAAAUGCUGCAGUCUUCCCUCUCCAGCAAAGAGGAGCCGCCUGGAAGGCCAGGCUGUCUGUGGAGAGCAGCUCCCACGGCAAUAAUCCGCUCUGGCAGAAUCCUCCCUGUCUCUGCUCCCUGGCAUCUCCCAGUCCCACUUUUGCUGCCUCUCUCACCCCAGUGCUGUUGUGUUCCUGUGCCUGUCAGCAUGCACUUCCAGUCUGGGCAAAGAAGAUUCCUAAGGAAUGAUUUAUUAACUAUAAUAUGGUUAUAGUUACAUAUAUAAAAAUAUAUAUAUAAUGGUUAUAUAUAAUAGAAGGCAUGUGUUUGUAACUAAUAGGGCACGACUGUUGCAUCUCGUGUGCCGCUCUCUGGCGUGCGGAGCCGGCAGCAGCACUGCGGCCGGGGCUGGCUCGGCCCCGGAGCUCCCGCUCGGCGAAGCUGCAGAGGCGUGAUGCCGGCGCUUGCUAACCGACAGCACUGGGGCAGAGCCAGGAGCGUGGUGCUGCUCCCGCGCGGGAGCCGGUGGCAGGAGGGGCACACAGCGACUCCCUCGCAUGUCUUGCAAAGACAAGGGCAUUCAAACACCGCCCCACUGUUCCAGCCAAGAUGUGUAACCAGCGCAGGGAAACUCUGCAGAUACCCGUGUGUCGGGAUCACAGCCUGGUUGUAUUUGUCGUCUUUUUCUUGCAGUAGAAUUUAAAUAUCCCUUUCUGACAGUGGU